AUAACCCCAGUAAUGUACAAAUAAACAGUUGAAGAAAAGUUAAUGAAAAGUUAAAUUCUAGCUAGAAUUACAAAAUGACACUUUGUUUCCCUUCCACAUGACUGCCACUAGAGGGUAGAUUUGUCCCUCUGUUUACUAUUAUGGAUUGCUGAAAUAGGCGAAAACCAGGAAAAAAACUGAACAAAGUUUGCCACUUUUGACUUUGGCUCAUCUGAGCAGCAAUAUAGUUGAAUGCAAAAUCUUCCAUUGGUGACAUUGCUCUGAGUAUCGAGAACAUAGAUGCUACUUCCCUAAAAGGAAGCUGUGCACACAAGAAAGAGGAAGCCUCUCUGAGUUCCCAGUAUCUCGCAUGGUGACUAUAAAUUCACAGUUAAACAGUUCAUCUGCAGGGUAAUGUUUUGUGUGUUUAAGGCCUUUUUUCCAAAAUGAAUUAAUAUAUCUAAAAACCAAUAUAGAGAGGACUGUUUUAUUUUCGUUGCCUAUAAAUAGAGAAAUGGUCAUGCUAAGGACUUGGAUUGAGCCAGUAGUGGCUGGUGUCCAAAUUGCCAGCUCUUUUUAUGACACUGGGCUCCUGAUGACAGUCAAAAAUUACUAUAACCAAACCAUCAGACCUUCUAACAGCUCAAGCGAUGAUGAACUUCAGAAAGCGAUCUCCAACUUCUACAUCAUCUAUAACGUGGUCAUGGGGUUGACACCUUUGCUGUCUGCUUAUAUCCUGGCUAAAAUUAGUGAGAAAACAAGUAUAAAGGUUACUAUCUGUGUGCCAUUGAUGGGUUACUUGAUAUCCAGGAUGUUUCUCCUCUUUGUGAUUUUAUUGGAUUGGCCCAUUGAAGUCAUUUUUGGCUCGGCUGCUUUCAAUGGUUUAACUGGCUGGUUCACCACCUAUUGGGCUGGGGUAACGGCUUGGACAUCGAUGGGAUCUUCAGAAAGCAAGCGGUCUUUGAAACUCUUUAUCAUUGAGCUUGUGUAUGGAUUGGCCGGUUUUGCUGGGAGUUUGGUAUCUGGCUAUAUCUUUGUACAUCUAAAUAUUAAUCAACAUCAAGGCACUAUCCUUGCCUCUUGUAGCACUGGCUGCUAUGCAUUUUGUGUCUUGUAUAGUAUAUUUAUUUUAAAAAUGCCUGAUGCUGAAGAGUGGAACGCGGAAGGCAACUCCACCGAAGCCCUACAUGAAUCCAUCAACUCUGACUAUACAGAGCAAAGUAGAUUGUUAGGUGACACGCCAUCAGAUAACACACACAAAAACCCAACUGAUGUGUCAUUUUCUAAAUGUGUCAUCAAAUGUAUGUUUGUGAGUGCCAUUGUAUAUAAUAUCGCUGUAACCGCAACUGAUGAUGUCAUUAAUGUCUUUGUGCUGAAAGAACCAUUAAGCUGGGGCCCAGUUGAAGUUGGAUAUGGCAAUGCCGUAGCUUACAUGACCUACAUCACCAGUUUUUUUGGAGUUUAUAUUUUCUCAAAAUGUUUUGGAGAUCUGGGCUUGAUCAUUAUAGGAAUGAUCUCGUUCAGCUGUGGGAUUCUGAUCAUGGCUUUUGUGCGCUGGACUUACCUAUAUUACAUUGCACGGGCUGUGAUGCUGUUCUCGCUGAUCACUACACCAACAAUCAGGUCAAUGAUUUCCAAACAUGUUAAGGGAUCAUCAUAUGGCAAAGUCUUCGUGGUGCUUCAGAUGGCCAUAGAAGUGAUUUCUGUGAGUUCUUCUGCUGGAUUUAAUAAACUAUAUCAGGCUACACUGGACUGGUACAGUGGAUUCUGCUUCUUUGUAUUCUCUGCCUUGGGAUUUCUCAGCAUCAUCCCUGUCAUUAUAACAGUCUGCAAGCAACGUCACACAAGUACCACACAAGAGAAUGUCAGUAAUGAAAGGACCAGCAAAACAACUGCCCAGACAUGAUUUUUCCUUCAGAGGCUGUAUCAGUUGUUACAGUUAUUUUUAUUGUAUAUUAAGAUAAACUUGUUGCUUCUUCAUUUUGUUUUGUCAUUGGACUAUUUGAUUUUUAUUAUUUUAGCACUUAGAUGGGUUAGAUGUGAAUCUACAUUAAAUAACACAUCAUCAAUAUAAAUAAAUCAUGGGAAACAGCAUCCAGCAGAA